AUGCAAGUCUCUCAUCAGCCAGAAAGCGUAUCACCGCUAAUCCAUGGUAAUGUAGUCUACAUCCCGCCCCAAUACCCCGACAACUUUGAACUUCCCCCCAUCAUCAAGGAGAAAGACCACAAGGGCCACGAGAAGUGGGAGGAGAUUGACUCGACACUAAGCGAGGCAUCGGUCAAGGCCGAUCGGGGCGAUGUCCAAUUCGAGGUGAAGAAGCAGGAGUCGAAGAGUACAAAGACCACAAAGAGUGCUCGGCCGGAUCCGGAGCCUGAACCGACUGUUCAUGAUAUGUGA